UAGCCGGUCACGUGGCCUGCGGGAGCGGGGCCGGCCGAUGCGAGACGCUGAGCCGGCGCCGGCGCGGCGUAAACAGGCAGCAUGGCGGCGGCGCUGGGCGGCCUGGGCCUCCUGCAAGGCCGAGUCAGGCUGGCCGCCGCGGCCGCCGCGACCUCCUCCCUCAGCCGGCCCGGCCGCAGGGCGCUGGUGCGGGGAGGCGCCGCCGCUCUGCCCUCGGCCGAGAGGAGCUACGGGUCCGAGGCGAAGGAAGAGGAGGAGCUGCGGGUCCGGUACCUGGAUGACGAGCACAAAGGAAUUGUGGUGCUUGGAUUAAACAGAUCUCAUGCCAAGAAUGCACUUAACAAAAAUCUUUUAAAAAUGAUGUCAAAAGCUGUGGAUGCUUUGAAAUCUGAUAAGAAAGUACGAACUGUUAUAUUCCGGAGUGAAGUCCCAGGGAUAUUCUGUGCUGGUGCUGACCUUAAAGAAAGAGCAAAAAUGCACUCAAGUGAAGUUAGUUCUUUUGUCUCAAAAGCAAGAGCAACUAUUAAUGAAAUGGCUAACCUCCCAGUACCUACUAUUGCUGCAAUAGAUGGGACUGCAUUAGGUGGUGGCCUAGAACUUGCUUUAGCCUGUGACAUAAGAGUGGCAGCCUCAUCUGCCAAAAUGGGCCUGGUUGAAACAAAGUUGGCAAUCAUUCCAGGUGCAGGGGGCACCCAGCGAUUGCCACGCACAAUCGGUGUGUCUUUGGCAAAGGAGCUAAUCUUCUCUGCGCGCGUUGUAGAUGGCGAGGAAGCAAAAUCCAUAGGGCUGAUCAGCCACGUGGUAGAACAGAACGAAGCCGGGGAUGCUGCCUACAGGAGAGCGUUAGCUCUUGCGAGAGAAUUUUUACCUCAGGGACCACUAGCAAUGAGAGUUGCAAAACUGGCCAUCAAUCAGGGAAUGGAGGUGGACUUAGUAACAGGUUUAGCAAUUGAAGAAGCUUGUUACGCUCAGACUAUUCCAACAAAAGAUAGAAUUGAAGGUCUUCUUGCAUUUAAGGAGAAAAGACCUCCUCGCUACAAGGGAGAAUAGAAGAAGCCGAUGCCUUUAAAAUACCAUGGGAUAAAUGUACUGCUAGGAGGACCACUAAGGUGCACUUUGCAUCAGCACCUGGAAUAUCACAGCCACCAAAGUAAAAGCAAAUCAUACUGGUGUUGCGACAUUUUGAAUGUGUCCAUACUUGUACUGGGCCCAGAUAGAUGUGUGUGUCAAUUCAUGGUCAUUACAGUUCCUAAGGGUUGCUCUGUGUACUGGUAAGGUUACAGGUUCAUGCAGCAUUUUUAAAAUUUCAUAUGUAUGAAACUUACCAUUCCACAAACAAAAAAGCUCUGUAAAUUCUUUAUAUAGAUUAAGCCUGUGUGUAUAGAUUAAGAUGUGAUGUUAAGUGUAAGUCUACUGUAUCAUUUUAUGAAAAUAAAAGUGACUUCUACGCACCAAAAAAAAGGAAUUGUACCAAAUAUGCAUUAUAAAUGAUUCUGUAUAUCAGCAAAAAUUAUAUUUGAAUAUUCCAGCUGAAUAUGUACCUUAUUAAUAAAGCUAAGGGAAAUGAAAAGGA